AUGGUUCCAAUAUUUGAACGAGAUCUGACAGGUGAGAUUCCAAUCCCAUUCACGACGCAUAAGACAAUCUUGGUGUAUAGCAAGUUGAAGGUCAUCGGACUUCAAAUUGAGCCAUCAACUGUCAGUCCAAACGGAAUCGUCAAAAAAUCGUUUGAAGCCGGUGACUCACACGAGUCUAGUAGACAGUUUGAAUCAUUGUGA